AUGCCCCACGCAGAAAACAUGGCUCAGCCAGUAGUCAACGGCGAGACGCCGCAUUCUCAAUUCCUCACUCAUCUCACCUCCUACCCCCUCGUCUCCGACUCCAUCUCCCUCUUCAAAACCAACCCCUACGGCGCCAAAUCCCUCGAAUACGCCGACCACGGCUACACCCGCCUCGCCAAACCCGUGCUGCCCUACUUCUCGACCCCCUACAGCUAUGUCGCCCCGUACCUGGCGCGCGCCGACACCCUCGGCGACCAGGGCCUGACGCAGAUCGACUCGCGCUUCCCGUUCAUCAAGGAAGACACCCAGAAGCUGCGCGGUUCGCUCUACCAUCGCGCGGGGUUCCCCGUGCGCUUUGCCGGCGAGGUCAAGGGCCAUGUCUUUGAUAUCUAUGGCGCCGAGUACAAGAAGUGUGGUGGGGAUGGGGUCGUUGCGUCGGGUAAGGCGGUUGUGACGACUAGCCUUGUGUUGUCGCAGGAGUCGCUGGCGUGGAUUAGUGCUUGGUUGCAGACGUCCCAGGAGGAGAAGGAUGUGGUGAAUGAGAAGGUUCACCAGUGA